CACAAACACAACUCAAAAGUCUCAACGGUUACAAUAUGAAACAAUAUUGUCCUUAUCUUCUCCUCUCCGUACUGCUCCUCCCUCUCAUGGCGGCCGCCGCCCUCCGUCCAGGCCCUCUGGUGGGCGGGUGGAGCCCCAUAAAGGACACCAAAGACCAGCACGUGGUGGAGAUCGGGCAGUUCGCGGUGAGCAAGUACAACAGUCAGUCGAAGACCCACUUGAAGUUCCAGCAGGUGGUGAAGGGGGAGACGCAGGUGGUUUCCGGCACCAAUUACCGGCUUGUACUGGCAGCGAAAGAUGGAACUACGGCGAAGAAUUACGAGGCCCUCGUGUGGGAGAAGCCAUGGGAGCACUUCAAGAACCUCACUUCGUUUAAGCCUGUUAAUUAAUGCGUUUUGAUGUCUGCAUGUAAUGUAAGAAAGAAAAACCGGUUCCUGUAAUCAAAGUUUUAUUGAUAUGAUAAUGAGAAUAAAGAUUAUUUAAAAGUAUUAAGAGAUA